AUGGGUAAAACCUUUGUCUGGAAAACGCUUUCAGCAUCCAUUCGAUCAAGAGGUGAUAUUGUUCUCAAUGUGGCUUCAAGUGGUAUUGCUGCACUGUUGUUGCCUGGAGGAAGGACGGCGCACUCCAGGUUCAAGACUCCCAUACCUAUAACUGAGGAUUCAACAUGCAACAUAAAACAUAACAACCCUCAUGCUAAAUUGCUGAUAAAGGCGAAACUGAUCAUUUGGGACGAAGCUCCUAUGAUGAGUAAAUGGUGUUACGAGGCUUUGGAUAAGUGCUUGAGAGACAUUUUGAGGUUCACCCCAGGAUAUGACUCCAGCUUGCCGUUCGGAGGAAAAGUUGUGGUUCUGGGCGGUGAUUUCAGGCAAAUCUUACCUGUAAUUCCAAGGGCAUCCAGGCAAGAUGUCAUCAGUGCAACAAUAAAUUCAUCCUAUCUAUGGCCUUUUUGUGAAGUUCUUUGUUUGACAAAGAACAUGAGACUCCUGCAAGGAUCUUCGUGCUCAAGUGCAUCAGAUAUAACAGAAUUUGCAGAAUGGCUGUUGACUAUAGGUGAUGGCAAGGUCGGACAGCCAGUUAACGGCGAAUCAGAAAUUCAAAUACCAGAUGAAAUCCUUAUAAAAAACUCAGAAACCGGUUUUGAAGACUUGGUCAAUUAUACCUACCUUGAUUUGUUGCGUAACAUGUCUAACUCUGAAUACUUCAGGGAAAGAUCCAUUUUGGCCCCCACGAUUGAACUGGUUGGAAAGGUCAAUGAUUACAUGAUGUCUCGGCUCUCGGCAGAAGAAAGGGAAUACUUGAGCUCUGAUUCAAUAUACAAAGAAGACGGCAAUGUUGAGAGUGAGCUAGAUUCAUUUUCCCCCGAGGUAUUGAAUGCGAUGAACUGUUUAGGACUGCCACCGCAUAAGUUGAGUUUGAAAAUUGGAGUCCCAGUAAUAUUAAUGAGAAAUAUCGACCAGUCCAACGGAUUGUGUAAUGGAACAAGAUUGACGGUGAAGAGAUUUGGAGACCAUGUCAUUCAGUGCACCGUUCUAACUGGGACUAAAGCUGGAUCUACUGUACUGAUUCCUAGGAUGACCAUGAAUACAAAUAACACAAAUCUACCGUUCCAAUUUCAGAGACGGCAAUUGCCUAUAUGUGUUAGGUUAUAUCUUCCAAGACCGGUUUUUAGCCACGGACAAUUAUAUGUGGCGCUAUCAAGAGUCAAAAGCAAACAAGGGCUAAGGAUCCUCAUAGAAAACCACGACGAUCUCCCUUCUAAUACAAUAAUUAAUGCUGUGUAUGAAGAAGUGUUUGACAAUAUAACUCCAUAA